AUUCGGUUUGCGACUGUCCAUGGACUUGCGCUGAUGAAGCCCCGCAACAAGAGUACAGGGGACAGGUAUAUCCGGUGAACUGUGAUGUUUGCCAGUGCCCGACCGCGUGCCAACAGCUCCACAACUAUUACUAUGCUGAAUAUUCGGAUGAAUUUAGAGGCGGAGCCAUUCUCUGUACGGAACUGCAAGCCCUUGCGCAACUGCCUCGCUUCCAAUGUCCACCUCCUGGCAAUUGCUCCUUACCACUCAGUUCCUGGACGGAUUGGGGAGAGUUUUGUGAACGACAACGUUUGCGACUGUCCAGGAACAUGUGCUGAUGAGGAGGACUGGGACUGUGACACUUGCGCGUGUCCAGAUGUUUGCGGCAUCAAGAACCGCAAUUGUUUUGACGUCUACUUUCCUUGCCCGCUCAGCAAUUGCACUAUCAGUAUCUACCGUCUCAACGAUGGGAACUGUGAUUGUCCAACCUGCGCAGAUGAAAGCAAAUUUACCUGCGACACUUGCGUUUCUGGGUGCCCGACGAACCAGACAUGCCACCAAGAUUACUUCUAUCGAUGUGAGUAUCGGACCUUCAGGUGCGCGGAUAGUUCCGAGUGCUCUAUUGCCCCCAGCUGGUUGAACGACAACGUCUGUGAUUGUCAAGACUGCUCAGACGAAGAGGCUUGGGACUGCAGCAAUUGCUCAUCCGGCUGCCGGGGUUGUGUCAAUGAAAAGGCAGUCAACUGUUUUGGGCAGCAGUUCAACUUGAAUUUUUCCAUUCAAUGCCCUGGCUAUCCUGCACAUCCCGGCUCACCCGCCAUGAAGCUCGGAUGUGCCAUAAACUACACGGCGCUGAAUGACAACAACUGUGACUGCCCCUCAUGCAGAGAUGAGACGACUGAAAAAUGUGGUGAUGGCAUUUGCAGCUCCUCCAUCUUCUGCAGUCCCGGGGGGGUGAACUCGCGGAUCUGCAAAUGUCCCACCAGCUGCGGGGAAUCUACCAGCUGCGCAGGGAAAUGCAUGGGAGAUCCGCUGCUCCGCGGUGGAGGUGUCCCGAUUGAAUGUGUCUACUACUGUCCGGGCGCAUUUUGUGGCAAGCACGUGCAGAUCCUGAACAACAGCGUGUGCGAUUGUUUCAACUGUGAAGAUGAAGAGGACUGGUCCUGCGCUACUUGUCAAUGCCCUGCCGCACCGCUUGAUACUCUCGAUUUCAACGAACAGGGCUGUGGCUUUGAGCCCUUGGAUGUGGUGCUGGGAGGGAAGGGUCUGGUGGACGAUUCGGUGCGGGACAAAAUCUCUACUUGCAGCUACUUUAGGCCACCUUCUCCCAGGAAAUUGCCCGAUGGCAUGGAUGGAUCCAUGGCGAACGAGUUGCUGGAAAGGGCCAGCAGGACGCCAAGAAACAAUCGGUUGGAGCUGGCGAUAGAUGACUUUGUGAGCCGGGCGCUGGCAGAUGAUGAAGUCAGGAAAGCCAUGGAGUCGGCCACUGCAGACGGGUAUACUGGGCCAGCCUUGCAGGCCGAAAUGGAUGCACUUGCCACGUCCAUCGGGAUGGGAAAAAAGUCGGAGGCCUAUGGUUUGGUGCAUUCGGCGCUGGCAGAACGCGAGGUUCAAAAAGUGCUGGAAAAUUGUGUGACCACAGGCUACAGUGAAGGAGCCAAGGAGGAAGUGAGGCUUCUUGUGCUCAAGAAAGCCAUGGCCCCACAACCUGAGAGGUUGGAACUGGGGCUGAAACCUCCAUAUCUACCCCGCACUUUGCCUUCAGGUGACAAAACGUCGCGGCGACUGCAAGCGGACUUCGCCGAUUUAUUCAAACCCCUCGGACUCGACAGGUUUGAUUGCCCGGGGACCGAAUGCUUCAUCCCUCAAUUCCUGGUCAACAAUCGCGUUUGUGAUUGCCCUGGCUGCGAAGACGAGGAGGCCUUUGGCUGUGGCACAUGCAUCCCCGUUGUGCCCUUGGGAUCAGUGCCCGUGCCGGCGCAGACCAACAUUGGAGUGGCCGUAGGUGUCAGCCUUGGCGUGGCCGUGGGCGUUGGUUUGGGCGUGGGUCUGGGCGUGUCGGCGGCGCUCAGCGGCGUCUUCGCGGCCGUGGGGCUGGUGCAGUUCACCGUGGCCAACGCGGAGGAGUUCAUCAACAACCCCAACGUGCAGCAAGGCUUGAAGAAGGCCUUCAUCCGCUUGGCCGGCUUAGCCAUCGCCGAAGCCGCCGUGACUCUGAAUUGGGCCUGCGCGGGCGAUGCGCUGGCGCAGUUGAACAGCAAGCUGCGACGGCUGGGAGAGGCAGUGAAGUUGUGCUUCGAGAUCGAAAUUGAAGGCGAGCAGCAAAGCUUGGAGGCCUGUGAGCUCCUGGCGGGGACCUCCCCCGGAAACGCGGCGCGGGUGAUCAAUGAGGAGCUGAAGGAAGUGAGCGAUCAGGAGGUCCAGGUGGUGCAAUGGACUGCCAAUCCGAAUCCACGCAGCAAGAACCCCACGCAGAACACUGAGCUGCCACGACCCUUCGAAGUGCCUAAGGCAGUGGGUUUGGAUGCCGGCGCGCUGUUGCCCGCGCCAGUCGGACCCAAGGCGCCUGUAGUCGGAGCGCCUGUCGGAGCGCCUGUCGGACCGCCUGCAGUGCAAUCACCGGUGGUUGUGGAUGGGAUGGAUCCGUCUAGGGGAAUAAAAUUUAGUUUUAAUUGA